CGCCGCCCUCGCCCCGCCCGCCGCCGCCGCCCCGAGAGCGCGGACAUGGCGCUGCCGCCGCCUCCCGCCGCCCCCGGCCCGGCCCGAUGCCGCCGCCGCCGCGUCUGUUUCUCCGGACCCCUCCUCGGCUGCCGCGCUCCGACGCCCUCCAGCUCCUGAACCCUCCCCACCACCACCACCACCACCAGCACCACCACCACCACCAUGGUGCCACCACCCCUGUCCUGACCCCGUCCCCGUCCCCGUCAGGGCCACCACCAUGCUGCCGCCAUGAUGAUGGCCCGCAAGCAAGAUGGCCGCGUGCCCACCUACACCGUCAGCGUGGUGGGGCUGUCGGGCACCGAGAAGGAGAAAGGCCAAUGCGGCGUCGGCAAAUCUUGCCUUUGCAACCGCUUCGUCCGGCCCGGCGCCGACGACUUCCACUUGGAGCACACCUCGGUGCUCAGCACCAGUGACUUUGGAGGACGCGUGGUCAACAAUGACCACUUCCUCUACUGGGGCGAGGUGGCCCGAGCUUUGGAGGAGUGCGUGGAGUGCAGGAUCCACGUGGUGGAGCAGACGGAGUUCAUCGACGACCAAACCUUCCAACCUCAUCGCAGCACGGCCUUGCAACCCUACAUCAAACGGGCGGCGGCCACCAAGCUGGCGUCGGCCGAGAAGCUCAUGUACUUCUGCACCGACCAGCUGGGCUUGGAGCAGGACUUUGAGCAGAAGCAGAUGCCCGACGGCAAACUGCCGGUGGACGGCUUCUUGCUUUGCGUCGACGUCAGCCGCGGCAUGAACCGCAACUUCGACGAGCAGCUCAAGUUCGUCUCCAACCUCUACAACCAAGUGGCCAAGACCAAGAAACCCGCCGUGGUGGUGUUGACCAAAUGCGACGAGGGCGUCGAGCGUUACAUCCGCGACGCUCACGCCUUCGCGCUAGGCAAGAAGAACCUGCAGGUGGUGGAGACCUCGGCGCGUUCCAACGUCAACGUCGAGCUGGCUUUCGGCACUUUGGUGCAGCUGGUGGACAAGAGCAGAGGCAAGGCCAAGAUCAUCCCCUACUUCGAGGCCCUCAAGCAGCAGAGCCAGCAGAUCGCCGCCGCCAAGGACAAGUACGAGUGGCUCGUCGGCCGCAUCGUCAAGAGCCACCACGAGCUUUGGCCCAACGUCAGCCGCAAGAUGACGGCGGCGCCCGAGUACCAGGACUACGUCUACUUGGAGGGCACCCAGAAGGCCAAGAAGCUCUUCCUGCAGCACGUCCAGCGCCUCAAGCAGGAGCACAUCGAGCGGCGCCGCAAGGUCUACCUGGCCCUGCUGCCCCAAGCCUUGGACGCCCUGGUGCCCGAUCUGGACGAGAUCGACCGCUUGAGCCGCGCCAAGCUCGAGAAGCUCCUGGAGGCCAAGCCGGAUUUUCUCAAGUGGUUCGUGGUGUUGGAGGAGACGCCGUGGGACGCCACCAGCCACGUGGACGACGUGGACAACGAGCGCAUCCCCUUCGACCUCCUGGAGACGCCGGCGGCCGAGCAGCUCUACGAGGCGCACGUGGAGAAGCUGCGCAACGAGCGGAAGCGCGCCGAGAUGAGGAGGGCGUUCCGCGAGAACCUGGAGAGCUCGCCCUUCGUCACGCCCGGCAAGCCUUGGGAGGAGGCCAGGAGCUUCAUCAUGAACGAGGACUUCUACCUGUGGUUGGACGAGUCGGUCUACGUGGACAUCUACGGCAAGCACCAGAAGCAGCUGAUCGACAAAGCCAAGGAGGACUUCCAGGAGCUUCUCCUGGAGUACUCGGAGCUCUUCUACGAGCUGGAGUUGGACGCCAAACCCAGCAAGGAGAAGAUGGGCGUCAUCCAGGAGGUGCUGGGCGAGGAGCAGAGGUUCAAAGCUCUCCAGAAGCUCCAAGCGGAGCGCGACGCCCUCAUCCUCAAGCACAUCCACUUCGUCUACCACCCCACCAAGGAGACGUGUCCCAGCUGCGCCGCCUGCGCCGACGCGCGCGUGGAGCAGCUGCUGGGCUCGCGUUUCCUCCGCCACCACCGCAACAACCCCUCGGUGGACGCCAGCGUUGACCGCAUCAACCUGGUCAUCCUGGGCAAGGACGGCUUGGCGCGCGAGUUGGCCAACGAGAUCCGCGCGCUCUGCACCAACGACGACAAGUACGUCAUCGAGGGCAAGAUGUACGAGUUGGCCUUGAGGCCCAUCGAGGGCAACGUCCGCCUGCCGGUCAACGCCUUCCAAACGCCCACCUUCCAACCGCACGGCUGCCUCUGCCUCUACAACUCCAAGGAGUCCUUGUCCUACGUGGUGGAGAGCAUCGAGAAGAGCCGCGAAUCCGCCGUCGGUCGCCGCGACGGCCACUCGGCCCAGCUGCCCUUGACGCUCGUCUUGGUCAACAAACGCGGCGGCGGCGACGCCGGCGGCGAGACCUUGCAGAGCUUGAUCCAGCAAGGGCAGCAGAUCGCCAGCAAGCUGCAGUGCGUCUUCCUGGACCCGGCGUCGGCCGGCAUCGGUUACGGCCGUAACAUCAACGAGAAGCAGAUCGGCCAAGUCCUCAAAGGUUUGUUGGACGCCAAACGCAACCUCAACCUGGUGGUGGCCUCCAAGGAGGCGUCGGACGGCGCCGAGCUGCGCGUGGUGAUGUGUUUGAUGUGCGGCGACCCGGUGAGCGCCGACGAGGUUUUGGCGCCCAUCCUGCAGAGCCAAGCGUGCCGGCCGGCGCCGGGCGGCGGCGCCGCGGUGCUGCUGGAGACGCCGGUGGGGUCGCAGCGGAGGAAGGUGGAGUUGUCCUUGCUGUCCUACCACGCGUCGUUCGGCUCGAGGAAGAACCGGCUGGUGCACGGUUACGUCGUCUUCUACGCCGCCAAGCGCAAAGCGUCCUUGGCCACCUUGAGGGCCUUCCUGGCCGACGUUCAGGACAUCGUCCCCGUCCAGCUGGUGGCUUUGGCCGAAGGUUCCGCCGAGCUGCUGGACAACGACGUGAGCCGCGAGCAGCUGGCCGAGGGCGAGGAGAUCGCGCAGGAGAUCGAGGCCAGGUUCGCCGCUUGGCCGUGUGGAGGAGGAGGAGGAGGAGCUCAAAACAAGCUGGAGAUCUUCCAAGCCUUCUUCAAGGACGCCUUGGACAAGAAGAACCUGGUGGAGGCGGCGCACAUGUACGACAACGCGGCCGAGGCGUGCGGCGCCGGCGAGGACGUUUUCGGCUCGCCGCGCGCCGGAUCGCCGCUCUGCAACUCCAACCCGCCCGACUCCGAGGAGGACCCCGAAAUCCUGCCCGGCUACAGCCCCUUCCGCGAGGAACCUCCCGUGGUGGCCACCUUGCCCAAGGACCACUCCAAGCUCUCCAUGGAGCUGGAAGGCAACGACGGCCUCGGCUUCUUCUCGGUGGUGGGGACGUUCGAUGGGAAGCCCACCAAGAUCCCGCCGCCGGUUAAGCCGAAACCUCCGGUUCACUUUGACAUCAAAGGUGACCCGGGUUAUCUGGAGCAAAGCCACCGCGAUCUCCACCGGCGCUCGGUGUCCUCGUCGGCGUGGCCGCCUCCCGAUUGCUUCGACCCUUCCGACUACGCCGAGCCCAUGGACGCCGUGGCCAAACCGCGCAGCGACGAGGAGAACAUCUACUCGGUUCCUCACGACAGCACCCAAGGCAAGAUCAUCACCGUGAGGAACAUCAACAAGGCCGCCUCCAACGGCAGCGGCAACGGCUCCGACAGCGAGAUGGACACGAGCUCCUUGGAGCGCGCCCGGAAGCCGCCCGGCGCGGCCAAGCCGGCGCUGUACCGGGCGCGGUGCGCGCGGCUCGGACGAUUCGCCGCCUACCGGCCCGGGGUCACCGUGGGCAGCGACGAUGAGGCGGCGCCGGGAAGGAAGAAGGACGAGGAACCGGGCGGCCAUGGUGGCUACAAAGGGGACAACGCGGGGAUGGCGUACGAGGCGGGAGAUGGAGAGGAUCCGCGCAGGAGGAACAUCCUGAGGAGCCUCAGGAGGACCACCAAGAAGCCGAAGGCCAAGGCGCGCCCGUCGCUGUCCAAGGCGCCGUGGGAGAGCAGCUACUUCGGGGUGCCCCUGGCCAGCGUGGUCACCCCCGAGCGGCCGAUCCCGGUGUUCAUCGAGCGCUGCAUCCAGUACAUCGAGGCCACAGGGCUGAGCACGGAGGGGAUUUAUCGAGUCAGCGGCAACAAAUCGGAGAUGGAGAGUUUGCAGCGCCAGUUUGACCAGGACCACGGGCUGGACCUGGCCGAGAAGGAUUUCACCGUCAACGCCGUCGCCGGCGCCAUGAAAAGUUUCUUCUCGGAGCUGCCGGAGCCGCUGGUGCCCUACAGCGCCCAGCUGGAGCUGGUCGAGGCUCAUAAGAUCAAUGACCGGGAGCAGAAGCUGCUGGCGCUGCGGGAGGUGCUGAGGAAAUUCCCCCGCGAGAAUUACGAGGUUUUCAAAUACGUCAUCGCCCACCUCAACAGGGUCAGCCAACAACACCGCGUCAACCUGAUGACCAGCGAGAACCUCUCCAUCUGCUUCUGGCCCACCUUGAUGCGCCCGGACUUCAGCACCAUGGACGCCUUGACGGCCACCAGGACCUACCAGACAAUCAUCGAACUCUUCAUCCACCAGUGCCCCUUCUUCUUCUCCUCGCUGCGGCCGCCGCCGCCGGACACUCCGGGUUCUCCUGGUCCAGCUCCGGCCACCACCGUGGUCACCUCCAUGGUCACCACCACCAUGGUCACCUCCACCAUGGUCACCUCCACCAUGGCCACCACCGGCUCCUCCUUCCCGCCGCCGUUGUCGCCUCCUCGGACGCCGUCGCCGGAGCUGCUGGAGUGACCUCCAUGUGGAGAUGUCCACUUUGGGGGUUGGACCAUCCAUUUGGAGAUGUCCACUUGGGGUUGGACCAUCCAUUUGGAGAUGUCCACUUGGGGGUUGGACCAUCCAUUGGGGUUGGACCAUCCAUGUGGAGAUGUCCACUCUGGGUUGGACCAUCCAUUUGGAGAUGUCCACGUUGGGGUUGGACCAUCCAUUGGGGUUGGACCAUCCAUGUGGAGAUGUCCACUUGGGGGUUGGACCAUCCAUUUGGAGAUGUCCACUUUGGGGUUGGACCAUCCAUGUGGAGAUGUCCACGUGGGGGUUGGACCAUCCAUUUGGAGAUGUCCACUUGGGGGUUGGACCAUCCAUGUGGAGAUGUCCACUUGGGGUUGGACCAUCCAUUGGGGUUGGACCAUCCAUUUGGAGAUGUCCACUUUGGGGGUUGGACCAUCCAUUGGGGUUGGACCAUCCAUGUGGAGAUGUCCACUUGGGGUUGGACCAUCCAUUUGGAGAUGUCCACUUGGGGGUUGGACCAUCCAUUUGGAGAUGUCCACUCUGGGGUUGGACCAUCCAUUUGGAGAUGUCCACGUGGGGGUUGGACCAUCCAUUUGGAGAUGUCCACUUGGGGUUGGACCAUCCAUGUGGAGAUGUCCACUUGGGGUUGGACCUCUCUGGACGGACGGACGGACGGACGCGAUGGGGGAGGGGAUCAGAUGUUGUUGUUGGUGGGGAUUGGUUGUCCCAGACUUUGGCCAGGCCUGGACGGACGGACGGACGGACGGAUGGACAGAGAGGAGGGGCCUGGGAGGGGCGGUGAGGGGGGGCCUGGUGGUGGCCUGAGG